AUGCGUAUUAAGAUGUUUGAUAGGGUGGAGCAUACCCUGACUAAUGUUAGGCACGUUCUUGAUUUGAAGCAGAAUCUGAUUUCUCUUAGUGUACUUGAGGAAAAAGGAUAUAAGUACACAUGUAUUGAUGGUGCUCUUAAAGCACAAGGGGUCAUCCACGUGGAGCGCAUCUCAAGCUCUUGCCGCAAGUGCAAGAAGGCACACUUCACCACGCCGUCUAGCAUGCGCCGAGUGCUAAUGAGCACCCCCUUUUCCUCCAAUCUCUGGAACAAGUACACCGCCCGGUCUGUCCCAGUCUGUAAGGACGACAAGGUCCGGGUGGUUAGCGGGACAUACAAGGGCUGUGAGGGCAAGGUCGUCCAGGUAUACUGCCGCAAGUGGGUCAUCCAUGUGGAGUGCAUCAGACGUGAGAAGGUGAAUGGGUCCAUCGUCAACGUCGACAUCCAUCCAUCUAAGGUUAUCAUCAAAAAGCUCAAGAUCGAUAAGGAUCGCAAGGCCCUCUUAGAUGGGAAGGCCAAGGGCUGUGUCGUCGACAAGGCCAAGGGAAAAUUCACGGCCGAGGAGGUCUUCGCUGCUAUUGGAUCUGGCCCGUCCCUCCAAGAGGUCGAUUAGAUUGACAGUCAUAGUAAUGCCUCUUCUCUCUCUCUCUCUAUCUCUCUUUCUUUAUUGAAAUACAAUCGGCGGUUGGGAUUUGAUGUUGUUUUUCUUUUAUAUUUUUGGUUUUGUUUAGGGAACUAAAUUUUAUGGUUAAUGGCAUUUUCAA